UGUUUAAACGUAUUCACCGUUAUUUGCCGGGCAAAAUGUCGUUUUCGGUUGCUAAUCAUAAAAGCGAGCUGCUGCUGACCACGCCGAAGAGAAAACAGCUGCUAAAGGAUGGUCCGCCGACUGCCAGGUGUCAACUGCUAGGACGUGGAGCUUAUGGCACUGUCUUUAAAGCUAUCUAUAGGGAUCGUUCGGUUGCCGUGAAGAUCAUUCGAGCUCAAGCUGUGUCCACUCUGCACAAUGAGUCCCAUUUACUGAACUUGGAGCACCGAAAUAUUGUGAGACUCCUGAAGCUGGAGGCCGCCGCUGAGUUUGGUUUGGUCAUCAUGGAGUGUCAGGGACAAAGCCUGCAGAGGAUCAUUGAUAGCUUGGCCCUGCCUCUGAUGCACAGAGUCCUCAUAACCCUGGACGUGGUGGCCGCUCUGCGUUACUGUCAUUCCCGCAAUGUGCUCCAUCUGGAUGUGAAGCCAACCAAUGUAUUGGUUGCCCUGGGAGAAAAGUCUAGUAUAGAGAAUUUCUCGAGAUUCAAGCGUAGCUACAUCUGCAAACUAUGCGACUUUGGGUCUUCCCUUGAAAUUGGCGAAAUGUGGGCCAAGCAGAGAACGAGAAAUACCAGUGGAACCCUGCGGUACAUGUCCCCAGAAGUGUUGCGAUCUGAUGCCCUAUCGGGAGCUUCUGACAUCUACUCUCUGGGCAUCAGCAUGUGGCAAUUGCAGACCCGUCGAGUGCCCUAUCACCUGCUGGAUUGCAAUGAAACCAUUGCCUACCAGGUGGUCAAGCACGAACUGCGUCCGGAUAGCUAUAAAGAGAUGAGGAAUUUGGCCAGGGAUUACACAGCCAGAGAUAUGCGAAUCGGCUGCGAUUGUUCGCCAAAUUACCUCAAUGAAAACACCGGCAGACGGGCGACUAUGACACCGUCUGUUCGUCGUAAUCUGAGCUUCGAUCUAUCUUACACCGCCGGCCGUGAUCUGAAAAAGAAAAAAGAGCGCCGUCAGAACCGAUUAGCACUCCACUUCGAGGGACCGGCGCCAGCAGAGGCGACGAGUGCGUGCCUGGAAAACGCUUACACCAGACUAUACAAAAGCUGCUGGGUCAGCGCCCCGGAAUCGCGUUUAGCUUCUGGCCAGCUAAAGCAUGAACUGGAGCACCUUCUCGGCUCAGUCCGUGCCUGUUCGUCGUCCCUUGUUUGUAUUUUACCCCAUUGAUUAGUUAUCGUUUAUGUACACUUACCAUGUUUGUAAGAUUUUACCAGAAACCACUACUGGUUAGGUCAAUAAUUGAUGUUUUCUUUUUUUGUAACUUCUUUUUUUGUUUAUUUGUACUGG